AUGAUUGAAGAUACAGUUAAGCAGGUAAAAGAGAUUCAAGCUAAGAUUCAAGCAGCACAAGAUCGUCAAAAGAGUUAUGCAGAUUUUAAGCAUAGGGAAGAAGAGUUUGAAGUUGGUGACAAAGUAUUGUUAAAAGUAUCACCAAUGAAAGGUGUCAGGAGAUUUGGGAAGAAAGGAAAACUUAGCCCAAAGUAUAUAUCUGAUAAGUCACAUGUGCUACAACCUAAAACAAUCGAGUUAGAUCAAAGCUUAACUUAUGAGGAAAGACCUUUCAAGAUCCUUGACAGUAAAGUGCGUUGUACACGCAACAAGGAAGUUAAGAUUGUUAAAGUGCUAUGGUCUAACUUAGAAUAUGAGGAAGCUACGUUAGAAGCCGAGGAUGAAAUGAAAAAGAAAUACCCUGAAUUGUUUGAGUUAUUUUAG